AUGCCACCGAAGAAGCGCUCCCGCAGCAGCCCAACGGCCAAAGCGCCUGCCUCGCGGGAGUCAGGCGCGGCACAUAUGGCCACUACCACCACCACAGUGAAUGAAGCGAAUGCCAGCCCUCUGGCCACCACAGCGGGAAACAGUUGUGGCCGUGACUCUGCCUUGUGUGGGCCUGCAGCGUCCAUUACGACUCGCGGCGAGAGAGACGUGAAGGCGCGCGGUACUGCAGAGCAGAGACGGAAAAUUCCCUCUGACCUUGAGGGUCUUGUACUGCGCUCCACGGUGAUUGCGCCUGACGUUGUCGGCAUCCGUUGCAUGGCUGUCCACCCAGGCGAGAAGGAGCUGAUUUUGGCGCGGGAAAACGGCUCUAUAGUUCUGUAUGGCAUUGAAAGUUUUCAGAAUGUGCCACACUUUGAACUUAUCCGCCACACUGGCGGCCGCACGAAUCGCACCAUCACGCGUGUCCGUUACUUGCCCUCCAAACGCUUGCUGUUUCUCGCGUCGUACCUUUCCGGCCAGCUGGUGGUGUACUGCGGGGAGACUCUCUCUCCGUUGCAUGUGUAUCAGCGUACGGGUGGCGCCGUUUGGGACUUCUGCAUUGUUGGGGCGCACAUCUACACGGCCAUGGCGGAUGGCUCCUGGCGACAGCUGUGGAUGGACUACACUGUGACUGUGCCUGCCCUGACGCUGCGACGCAUCAUCCCGAAGGUGUCAGGCGCUGAUCGGGCUCUAAGCGUCUGUGGCUCGGAAUAUUUGGGUAUCGCCGCAGGCACUGAUGAUGCGGGUAACGUCGUGGCAUGGCGGCUGCCACACGAGGAAGGGAAGGGUGAAGACGACGACGACAUCGCCGUCACUACAGCCAGCAACCGAAGGAGAAAGGAGGACACCAAUAAUAACCCACGUGGGGCCCGUCCAAUGAGUCUCAGCGAUCAUGAGGCGCUGUGGACAAGCCGUCUGCCAAAAGGAAUGGGACUUUGUUGUGUUGUCGGCGGUGGCGCAAGCGGCGGUGCUCCUGUGGUGGCGGUUGGAACUUCGAUGGGAGACAUUGUCCUCUUUGAUGCGCAACACGGGCAUGUGUUGAACACCUUCACACAUCACAAGGGUCCGGUCAGCACGCUGGUGGGCAGUGGUGGUGUGUUGUACGCCUCCGGCUGGCAUGACUCCUUGCGUUCCUACCGUGCCGGCGCGGAUGGUGAGUGGUUUCCGGCGGAAGUCAAGCGACGCACCCACUACCACGAGGUUAGUGAGCUGCUUGUGCUGCAGCAGCAGCAGCUCAUUCUCUCCGCGGCGCGGGAUGGCACUGUUAUGUACGCCCCAGCUGACUCUGUCUUUACAUCACCUGCAAUGUAUAUCCCCGUGACGACGCAGAAGUUUGCCUUUGCCAAGGCGAAGAAUGUCCUCUUGCAGACACGUCAUGGGCGCAUUGAGGGAUUUCGCACCGAUGCGGCGCUGCGCCACUGGAUGCCGCUUUUUGCGUACAAGGUCCACGGCAAGUUUCACGUUCAGGGGCUCUGGUGUGAUGAAAAUCUGCAAUACAUGCUCUUCGCCACGGAUGAGCGGGCGGCACUGCUACAUGUGUGUUGGCGGGAUGGAGCGGAAGAUGCCCUGGCGCUGCGUCGCAUUGAGGAGGUAGUGGCACUGCCUGUAGGACGCGGGGUGCUGGACUGCUGCUUCGUGCAGCACGGCGACGGAAGCGGCAACGUGGGAUCCGCUGCGACCGCCGCGAGCUGCUACAUAUUACUAGACGACACAGUUCUGCACGUCACUCUCGCAAAAGGUUACCCCGUGGUUGAGACGGCGAUGCGGGCAUCCGGUGCCGAGCCGAAUGGCAAUAUCCGCCCGAAUCGCCUGCUGGUUGCCGUGGAUGGGAAGAAUAGCAGCCUCAUUGUGUGUGGUAGGCGUGGCCGUCUCACCUGCGGCACUGCACCGGACGGCACCAUCGACCCCAGUAGUUUUGUUUGGAGCCAGGAGUCCACACGGAUGGCGGUAUCGGUGCCAGCGCUGGGCCGCCACACCUCACCAACGUGCGUGGCACUCACAGGCAAGACGCAGUACGUGGCGGGCAUUGAAACCGCAUCACCAUCGUUGUUGCCUCGCACACUGCCGCACGAUGUACUGUUUAUUGCCCGACUUCCAUCACUAGCCAGCGGCGUGGCAGGUGCUAAGCGCGACGCCUUUCGCUUUCUCGCCUGCUUUUCCCGCGGCCUGAUGUACGUGACGGAGAACUCGUGGUACAUGCUGCAGCGCUGCACGGUGGAGGGUGCCUUUGUGCUGAAGGGCGACACGCGGGUGCUGCUUCUGGUACGCAAUCUUGAGGGGACGCUAGAGGCCCUCCCAAUGUGCUGGAAGGUCCGGCGCUUUGGAAACUAG